UCCCUGUUCCGUGCCGCUCGCGGGCCGGCCAUGCUGCGGACGCGCGGGGCGGCUGUGGGCCGCCGGCUUCUGCGGGCCGCGCUGGGCCUGGGCGCCCGGCUGGGGCCGGCGCGGGCGGCGUCGGGGGUGCGCGGGCAGGGCUGGUUGCAGCCGGCGGGCCACGACACGGGCGUCAAGGUGUACAACAGCCUCACCCGGAGGAAAGACCCCUUGAUCGUGGGCAGCGUGGACGCCGCCUCCUGGUAUAGCUGUGGACCGACUGUCUAUGAUCAUGCACACCUUGGCCAUGCUUGCUCGUACGUUAGAUUUGAUAUCAUCCGAAGGAUCCUCACCAGGGUUUUUGGAUGCAACAUCAUCAUGGUGAUGGGAAUCACAGAUGUGGACGAUAAAAUAAUCCACAGAGCCGCUGAGAUGAACGUGUCACCUGCCUCUCUCGCCAAUCUGUAUGAAGAGGAUUUUAAACAAGACAUGGCAGCCUUGAAGGUUCUCCCCCCGACUGUGUACUUGAGGGUAACUGAAAAUAUUCCUCAGAUCAUUUCUUUCAUCGAAGGAAUCAUUGCUAACGGGCACGCUUAUCCGACAGCACAAGGCAACGUCUACUUUGACCUGCAGUCGAGAGGAGACAAGUACGGCAAGCUGGUCAGUGUGGUCCCCGGUCCCGUCGGAGAGCCAGUUGAUUCCGACAAGCGGCAUGCCAGCGACUUUGCCCUGUGGAAGGUGGCCAAACCCCAGGAGGUAUUUUGGGCCUCUCCUUGGGGAAAGGGAAGACCGGGCUGGCACAUCGAAUGUUCCACCAUCUCAAGUCUGGUGUUUGGAAGCCAGCUGGACAUCCACUCGGGCGGGGUCGAUCUGGCCUUUCCACAUCACGAGAACGAAAUCGCCCAGUGUGAGGCCUUCCAUCAGUGCAGGCAGUGGGGAAAUUAUUUUCUGCAUUCUGGGCAUUUGCACGUGAAAGGCGAAGAAAAAAUGUCCAAAUCGCUGAAAAACUACAUUACCAUUAAGGACUUUCUGAAGAUGUUUUCCCCCGAUGUCUUCCGGCUCUUCUGCAUGCGGAGCAGUUACAGGUCAGCCAUCGACUACAGUGAUGGCACCAUGCUCGAAGCCAAACACCUCCUCCUGGCGGCGGCCGCAUUUGUGGAGGACGCCCGGGCCUAUAUGAAGGGGCAGCUGGUGUGCGGCCCCAUCAGGGACGAUGUGCUGUGGGAGAGGCUCCGCCACACCAAGCAGGCCGUGAGGGCUGCCCUGGCGGACGACUUCGACACGCCCGCGGCGAUGGACGCCGUCAUGGACCUCAUUCACCACGGGAACAGACAGCUGAAGGCGCACGCUAAGGAACCCGGCGGUCCCAGGAGCCCUGCCGUGUUUGGCUCCGUCGUGUCCUACGUCGAACAGUUCUUCGAGACCGUCGGGAUUUCUCUGGCAGUCAGACAGUCUGUUUCAGGGGACGACAGCCGGGCCACUCUGCACAGCGUGGUGGAGCAGCUGGUCCAGUUCCGGCUGCAGGUCCGGCAGUUCGCCCUGGCCUCAGGAGCGGCCACCAGGGAGGCCCGACGGCAGCAGCUGCUGGACACACAGCCCCUGCUGGAGGCGUGUGACGCUCUGCGCCGGGACCUCGUUGCCCAUGGCAUCAGCAUUAAGGACAGGAGCAGCACGUCCACAUGGGAGCUGCUGAUCAGAGGACAGAAGACCCCAGACCGGCGAGCUGACGGCCCCCAGCACCGUCCUGUGCUUCCAUGAAAGUUUCCCGUUGUGGCUGCUCAGUCACCAUUAAAGUCAAUCCAACCGAUACCAUGCGCCUGAGAAGUGGAUUCUUCACGGGCCAACACUGGUCCUGAUGCUGGCCCCUGGGCCCCGUCACGUGAGGACCGUGAGCCCUGGGCGGAGGAUGUAAGUCCUACAGGGGGUCUGGGGCAGUGCUGAACUAGGGAUGAGGGCCCUGAACGGGGCACCCCUUCCCCGCAGAGGGGAGGUGGUCUUCCUACAUUUAUUUGUUACAAAAGUAAUGUGUUGACCAUAGAAAACCACCGUGUGCUGGAUGCACCGGUGAGAGCAAGACACAGGUCUGACCGCAGAGCAGGAGGCAGAACCGGCGCCCACACCGCGCGGCCCGCACCCCGCUCUCCGUCCCUGGCCAGGCCGCCCUAAGUCCGGUACUGUCGGGCACGCAUGCCCUGGUCACUGACCUUCAGGACCCCAGGAGGCACUGGUGUCCUAGCCUACAGGUGAGGAAACCCGCUCAGAAAUGGACUUGCCGACAGCGACCCAGCUCGCGCAAAGAACCCACCUGGCAGGUAGGCCCUUGACGAGGACACCCAAACAGCGUCCCUUCAGUAAAGGGGAUUACUGUCCCCUGACGGCCAGAUGCCGAACCUGGCUACGCCAGUGUACUUCCGUGCUCUGCGAUCUUGGUCUCAGGGUAAAAGCAUGUCCUUAGCUGGAGCCAGUAGUCCAUAUGGGUUAUUUUUAAAUCAGCCACUGGCUACUUGAAUAUACUCCUCAUUCCCAUUUGAGCAAGAGAAUUUGUACUUAUUCAGAUCAAAAACAUAAAAAUAGUUCUGUGACUCCUGAUUUUUACCUUCUGUGGAACGAAAGGACUACAUUUUAACAAGGUGGGUAGGCACAGGUGAAAACUGACAGGCUUUUACAUGUUUGUCUUUCUGCUGACAGGAAAGCUGAAAGGUGGGUUUGGGCUCUGUAAGAAAAAAAGAAAACUCCGCAUUGAAAUCAGAUUUGCCUUUUAAUGAUUACCAGGAUUUAGAUGUAAUUUCCCAAAACAAAAUACAGUGACGCGUCUCAAUUACAUAUGAAACAAGAGUGGCAAACAUUUUAAGAAAUCUGGUUUUAAAGUAGAAUCGGUCUGGGGUGGGGGGGGCAUCUGAAUCAGAGCAUCAGCC